UCCCAGCCGAACUAUCCCCUGCGGCGCCAGCGCGGGGCGGCUCCGGGCGCCCCCAGCAGACCCCCAUCAUGGGCAGCCAGAGCUCCAAGGCUCCCCGGGGCGACGUGACCGCCGAGGAGGCAGCGGGCGCUUCCCCCGCGAAGGCCAACGGACAGGAGAAUGGCCACGUGAAAAGCAAUGGAGACUUAACCCCCAAGGGUGAAGGGGAGUCACCACCCGUGAACGGAGCAGAUGAGGCAGCUGGGGCUACUGGUGAUGCCAUCGAGCCAGCGCCCCCUAGCCAGGAAGCUGAGGCCAAGGGGGAGGUCGCCCCCAAGGAGACCCCCAAGAAGAAGAAGAAAUUCUCUUUCAAGAAGCCUUUCAAAUUGAGUGGCCUGUCCUUCAAGAGAAAUCGGAAGGAGGGUGGGGGUGAUUCUUCAGCCUCCUCACCAACAGAGGAAGAGCAAGAGCAGGGGGAAAUCAGCGCCUGCAGUGAUGAGGGCACUGCCCAAGAAGGGAAGGCUGCUGCCACCCCUGAGAGCCAAGAGCCCCAGGCCAAGGGGGCAGAGGCCAGUGCUGUCUCCAAGGGAGGAGACACGGAAGAAGAGGCAGGGCCUCAGGCUGCAGAGCCAUCCACUCCCUCGGGCCCAGAGAGUGGCCCCGCAUCUGCCAGUGCUGAGAAUGAGUAGCUGGGCGGGGGCUGGUGGGUGAUCUCUAAGCUGCAAAAACUGUGCUGUCCUUGUGAGGUCACCGUCUGGACCUUGUGCCCUGGCUGUCUUCCUGUGCCCAGAAAGGAAGGGGCUUGUUGCCCCGUCCCAGCCACGCUCCCUCUUCUCCCUCCUGUGGAUUCUCCCAUCAGCCAUUUGGUCUUACUAUUAGGCCAGUUGAAGAUGGUCCCUUACGGUUCCCAAGUUAGGUUAGUGAUGUGAAAUGCUCCUGCCCUCUCUCCUUCCCAAGCACCAUCCCUGCUGAAGGCAACUGCUGGGUUUCCAAUUCUUUUCCAAGUUCGUUUUGUUUAUCCUGCUUCUUAAGCCCCUGAGCCAGAAGUGGGGGCUUAUACUCCCAAACCCUGAGUGUCCAGCUUUUUUCCCUUGUUGAAUUCUUAGUCUCUUGUGCUGUGCCUAGUGGCACCUGGGCUGGGGAGGGCAUUGCCCCUGUCUGGGUUUUUAUAAAUGUCUUACUCAAGUUCAAACCUCCAGCUUGUGAAAUCACCAUGUCUCUGACUUGAUAAGCA